AGAUUCGACGUCUGGAAUAGUCAACGCCGUAUCCAUGGUAACCACAUUAAUGCGCAGACGCAUGUGGCAACGAUUUGCGAGAAAAUUCUGGGCAAGGCGAGAAAUAUUGCGGGAAAUAUAAAGCGGCGUCACAGCGUACGACCUUCAGUAUUCUAGAGACGCAAUUCGAGUAAACAUCUCGUAGCAAGAGGUCUUGUGAAUUACAAACUAAGCUAAAGAAAUUCGAGUAUAAACAACGAAAGUGAUCUAAAUUGGGAACACAAAUUGCUCGUAUUAAACUUUACUAUCAACUGAGAAGUGAAUUUUAAAAUGCCUGCAAUCGGGAUUGAUCUGGGAACCACGUACUCCUGUGUAGGAGUUUGGCAGCAAGGAAAGGUCGAGAUAAUUGCAAAUGAUCAAGGGAAUAGGACAACUCCUAGUUACGUGGCGUUCACAGAUACUGAAAGACUCAUUGGGGAUGCAGCCAAAAAUCAGGUUGCUUUAAAUCCUGCGAACACAGUAUUCGAUGCAAAGAGGUUGAUCGGGCGACGUUUUGAUGAUCCCAAGAUCCAAGAUGAUAUGAAACUCUGGCCCUUCCGCGUUAUCGAAGAGGGAGGCAAGCCUAAAAUCCAGGUAGAAUACCGUGGUGAGGUGAAACGAUUCAACCCAGAAGAGAUCAGUUCCAUGGUCUUGACUAAGAUGAAGGAGAUUGCUGAAGCAUUUCUGGGACAAAAAAUCAAGGAUGCAGUUAUCACCGUUCCAGCAUACUUCAAUGAUUCGCAGAGGCAAGCUACCAAGGAUGCUGGGGCUAUAGCUGGGAUCAAUGUCCUGAGGAUUAUCAAUGAACCAACAGCUGCGGCCCUUGCAUAUGGUCUCGACAAGAAUUUAAAGGGGGAGAGGAACAUCUUGAUUUUUGACUUGGGUGGUGGAACCUUCGAUGUAUCAAUCUUAACAAUAGAUGAGGGUUCGUUGUUUGAAGUCAAGUCAACUGCAGGAGAUACUCAUUUGGGUGGUGAGGACUUUGAUUCGAGGCUUGUGGAGUUCUUUGCUAAGGAAUUUGAGCGAAAAUACAAAAAGAACUUGAGGAACAAUCCACGUGCCCUACGUCGUUUGCGAACUGCUUCUGAACGUGCCAAACGCACCCUUUCUUCAAGCACGGAGGCUUCCAUUGAGAUCGAUGCUCUUUUUGAUGGCAUUGACUUCUAUACAAAGGUUUCACGGGCACGCUUUGAAGAGCUGUGUGCAGAUUUGUUCAGAGCUACACUUGAACCUGUCGAAAAAGCACUGACAGAUGCAAAGAUGGACAAAAGAAGUAUUCAUGAUAUUGUUCUGGUUGGUGGCUCAACUCGCAUUCCGAAAAUCCAGAACCUUUUGCAAAACUUUUUCUCUGGUAAGAUGCUUAAUCUCUCCAUCAAUCCUGAUGAAGCAGUAGCGUAUGGAGCUGCUGUCCAGGCAGCUAUCCUCAGUGGAGAAGGAGAUACCAGUACCAGUCUCCAGGAUGUGCUGCUCGUUGAUGUGGCUCCGCUCUCUCUUGGUAUCGAAACAGCUGGUGGUGUAAUGACUAACAUUAUCGACCGCAAUGCUCGCAUCCCUUGUAAACAGACACAGAUUUUCACUACUUAUGCCGACAAUCAACCUGGCGUGUCAAUACAAGUUUUUGAGGGUGAGCGAGCACUAACUAAGGACAAUAACCUUCUGGGACGGUUUGAACUUAGUGGUAUCAGCCCAGCUCCACGUGGUGUACCUAAAAUUGAGGUCACAUUUGACUUAGAUGCAAAUGGAAUCCUCCAUGUAACUGCUAAGGACACAGCAAGCGGGCGCAGCAGCGAUGUGCGCAUCACAAAUGACAAGGGUCGGCUUUCUCGUGAAGAGAUAGAUCGAAUGUUAGCAGAAGCUGACCGUUAUCGUGAGCAGGACAAACAACAACGAGAGCGAAUAGCCACUCGUAACCAACUGGAGUCUUAUAUUUUUUCUGUAAAGCAGGCUGUACAGGAACAGGGCUCUAAAUUGUCUCAAGAAGAUAAAAACAUGGUCUUCAAUCUUUGUGAGGAAACUAUCCGCUGGCUUGACAGUAAUACUCUGGCUGAAAAGGAAGAAUAUCAACAUAAGUUAGAUGUUGUGCAGAAGCAGUGUCAACCAAUUAUGACAAAACUCCACCAAGGCGGAGGCACAGGAGAUCGUGCACCUAACUAUGGAUCUCAACCCGAUUGUUCAAGUGACUACUCUGGACCGACUGUGGAGGAAGUGGACUAAAUUUGAAUACCUCAACAUAUAUCCGAAUCAUAUAAUGAAUCUUAUUUAAGGCUGAUUUUUGUAUUAAUAACCAUUUCUUUUCUAUAAUAUUCUGGAAUCACUUUGUAUUCGAUUAAAAUAAGCUUUUUUUUAUAGAUACAUUAGUCUCCCAGUAUCAAAUAAUAUGUCACAUGUCCAUUAAAUUUCACCUUGUACGCAAUGGACAUGAAGUAACUUUGACCUUAGAGACUGAAAUUAGUUUUAAGAAAUUACUUUAUGAUUUACAGUGUUGACUAAUCGCAUAUGACUGUUAUAUAUUCGUGAUAUAUACAUAUAUCUGGAUUGUUGACUGAUGUAAUUAAGGAUCUGCUUUGAUGAAAUUGAUAUAAAAAUAAAGCCCUUGGCAUAUGUAAACAUUCAA